AUGAGCUCCGAUGAAGCAGAAGAUGAUGUUCUCGAGCAUUGCACACUUCGAAUUCCUUAUGAGGAAUUGAAUCGAUGCUAUCGUACGGGUCACAAAAAUAUCGAACGCUCGUUGGCCAAAAUUCAGAGAGUUGGCAAUGCGAUCAAGGAAAGAUUGAGCGGGAGCAAUGAGCCGGUUUCGAAGGAGCAGAUACGAAAAGCUUAUCGGACAUUGAGAGGAUUGGUGGAAGAAGCGCGCGAGGUCUAUAAAAGUGUUCCGGAAGACGAAAUGAAGUGUAUGGAUGUUUUGCGGCAAAGAGUCGUCUAUUUGCAAGAAGAGACGGCCGCGACGAAUUCGACUCGUCUGAUUGAUGUCAAGAAAUCGAAGUCUUCUCGCGCCAUGCGUCAUGCGAUCUGGUACCUUUUGAGAAUCGGCCAAGUCGAAAUGGCUCGUAAAAUCGCCGAGCGCUAUAAUGUGGCGCAUAUGAUCGAUAUCGAUUUGUUCGCGCAGCUCAAGGAAAUCCGAAGCGCGUUGUUGGCGGGAAACACGACGCCGUGUGUUGAAUGGCUGGAAUCGCAUCGCUCGAAACUGCGACGAAUGGGAAGCCGAAUCGAGGUUGACAUCCGCAUUGAGGAACUCAUCGAUUUGAUCAACCAAAAUCACACGGCCGAUGCGAUCGCAUAUAUUAAGAAGUACAUUGCACCAUGUAUGAAGAAUAAUGAUGAUCAGGAGGUCAAAAAGCUUAUUGGUAUGAUAUUGACGCCGGAGCAGAAUUGCCCAAAGUAUACGACUGAGGAGGAAAUCGCCGAACGAUGGAGAAAGUGCGAAGAAAUGUUCGUCGCCGAGUUUUACCGAUUGUAUCAGCUGUGCACACAAUCAGUUUUCUCGAUCACGAUGCAGUGCGGACUUGCGGCUCACAAGACGCCAUCUUGCUGUUUGGAUCAGAGAAAACGUUCAGAGGUGAAAUGCCCUGUUUGCAAUCCUCUUUGUUGGCCAAUUGCCGCCGAUCUUCCGAACGCGCACGUCACGCAAUCCACAAUUUUGUGCACGAAAACGGGCGAAAUUUGCGAUGACACCGAGAAUGCUCCAUACUUGUUCCCCAGCGGACAUGUCUACGGCAAAAAGGUGCUCCAGGAGCAGAUGAGAGAAGAUAAUAUGGUGCUGUGUCCGGAGAGCAACAAACUUUGCAAUACUACCUAUCUCCAUCAAGUACACACCACAUUAAAUACCAUUUGCACAGUGGGCCAAUAUGUUCGAUCGCGAGCUCCUUCUGUACAAUUUCGUGUGGGUGAUGUCAUUAUUCAUAAGAAAUUUGGUUAUCGUGCAAUUAUUAUUGGAUGGGAUGAAAAGGCAAUUGCUCCAGCCGAGUUCAUCGCGAAAGUCCAUGAUGGAAAUGAGCAAUUUACCAAUAAUCCGAAUUAUGCGGUUCUUAUUGAUAUGCGUGAUCGGAUAACCCCGCAAAUUGGCUAUAUAGUUCAAGAGAACGUUGAGAAGACUACGGGACAAGUUUUACACACACUGCGAGAUCAGUUUUUUGAGCGGUUCGAUGAAAACGAGAAUCGUUACAUCAUGAGGCCGUUCCUACGAAGAUCAUAUCCAGAUGAUUAA